GUCGUUUUUAGAAUAACCUCACUCCCGGAGUGUGUUGCUAAAGUCAAGUGUCUCGUCAGCCAGUCAGACAGACGGUUUGAAGAGUUCGUUUGGAAUGUUAUUCUUUCGCUCGCUCGCGUUUUGUUGCGCGCUCUGGCUGACAGCCGACUGGGCCUUGGCUAACCAUCCAACGCCGAUAGUAUUAUGGCACGGAAUGGGUGACAGCUGCUGCAACCCGUACAGCUUGGGAUAUUUUGCCAAAGAGUUGAAAGAUGAUAUUCCAGGGGUGUACGUUCAUUCGCUGAGAAUUGGAAAUAAUUUUGCUGAGGACACGGAAAAUGGCUUCUUCAUGCGAGUGGAUAAACAGGUGCAAAAAGCGUGCAUGCUAAUACAAAAGGACCCAAACCUGAAGGCUGGCUACAACGCCAUUGGAUUUUCACAGGGCUCCCAAUUCUUGAGGGCCGUGGCGCAGCGUUGUCCUGAUCCGCCGAUGCUGAACCUGGUGUCGCUCGGCGGCCAGCACCAGGGCGUGUACGGAUUUCCGCACUGUCUCUACCCUACCCACAAGUGGUGUGACUUUGUCAGACGAGCCCUCAACUACUUAGCCUACGAGAGUGUUAUUCAGAAAUUGCUUGUUCAAGCGCAAUACUGGCACAAUCCAACCAAGGAAGAAGAGUACAAGCAUGGCAGUCUUUUCCUAGCAGAUAUCAACAACGAGCUGGUGGUUAAUGAGGAGUACAAAAAGAAUCUGCUGAAGCUGAAGAAUUUCGUGCUGGUGAGAUUCAACAAUGACACAAUGGUCGAGCCCAUAUCUACUGAGUGGUUCGGGUUUUACAAGCCAGGGCAAGGCCUCAUUGAGUUGCCGCUUGAGUUAACUGAUCUUUACAAACAGGAUCGCCUCGGCCUCAAGCAGUUGAAAGAGUCAGGAAGGCUACACUUCUUGCAGGUCAACGGUGAUCAUUUGAAAUUUACCAGGGAGUGGUUCAACAAGGAGAUUACUGAAAAAUAUUUGAAAUGAACGGUGACAGUGUAUUUUGUUAUUGUUAAUGAAACGGUAAAUUAAAAUUGAGCGUAAUUUCAUAAGA